AUGGGUAUCAAAGCCUAUAACGACGAGUGCCGGAAGAUUGUGAUGAGAUAUGCGGGUGAGUGGCGGACAGUCGUCACCCGAAUGGGCCGUUGGAUUGACUUCGACAACGACUACAAGACACUGUACCCGACAUACAUGGAGUCCGUGUGGUGGGUGUUCCGGGAGCUCCAUAAUAAGGGUUUGGUGUAUAAGGGCGUGAAAGUGAUGCCCUACUCGAGCGCCUGCAACACUCCGCUCUCUAACUUCGAGUCCGGACAGAACUAUAAGGAAGUGGUGGACCCGGCGGUCAUAGUGUCGUUCCCGUUGGACGAGACGCCCGAUGUUUCACUCAUUGCGUGGACGACCACACCGUGGACUCUGCCGUCCAAUCUGUCGCUCUGUGUCCACCCGGAUAUGGAUUACGUGAAAGUGAGGGACCGGAAGCUCAACGCCUUAUUUGUGUUAAUGGAGGCCCGACUCGAGUCGCUGUACAAAAAGGCCGACGAGUAUGAAGUGUUGGACAGGUUUAAGGGCAAGACUUUGGACCAUAAGGGGUAUCAGCCGUUGUUUCCCUACUUUGCGCACCGAAAAGCUAACGGCGCGUUCAUUGUAUGCUGCGAUACAUACGUUACAGCCGAUAGCGGAACGGGUGUCGUUCAGUGCGCCCCCUAUUUCGGUGAAGACGACUACCGCGUGGCCCUAAAUAACGGUGUGAUUCGCAGGGAUGGAGAUAUAGUCUGUCCACUCGAUGCCAACUGUAAGUUUGUGGAGCCGGUGACAGACUUUGUGGGACAGUAUGUGAAAGACACCGACAAAGAGAUCAUCAAACGCUUGAAAUCGGCGGGACGUCUGGUGAACAGCAGUUCCGUUAAACACAGUUAUCCUUACUGUUGGAGAUCGGAAACUCCACUGAUCUAUAGGGCCGUCCCCUCGUGGUUCGUACGGGUGGAGCAAAUGUCUCAGGCAUUACUCGAC